AUGGAGAAUCACACUACUCCUCCUCCUCCCUAUGAAUUGAAACUCGAGCAUACUCUCAAACACCAACCAGAAGCGAAAGAUUUCAUUAUCGAUGUUGAUGGCACGAUUUUCCGAAAAGGGUCGUCUUCUCCCUUAGAAGAGAUCUUCUUCUCCUCCAAGGUAGAUGAUUUCAUCUGGGAAGACGAAGAUUGUCCAGAGAAAGUGGAACUCUACGAAAUACUCGUCGAUGCUGGAGUAGACGAAUACGAGGCUAACAUUUUGCUUAUCAACACUAUUCGGUACGUUUGUGACAACUCACCACCGGAUGAUGAGGACUACAAAGGAGUCUUCACGCUGACGAUGGAAGUCACGCUACCACCGGAACCGGUCGAGCUUAACCAUGCCGGUUCGGAGCAAACUCAAUCCCAAGAACCAAUUGCCACGACGACGACCAAGACGAGCGAGCAACAGAGACACUGGUUAAAACCUAAACCAAAAAUACAAAAGGCCCGGUACAAAAUUGGGGCUGACGGCGCGUCACUGGUCCUUUCAGAGCUUGAACCAUGUGACCAGUAG